AUGGCGGUGAUGACAUCCAAACAGGAGAAAGUCAAAGCAGUGCCCCAAACUGCCCACUGUGGACACCAGGGGUUUAAAGGCACAAAAUUGUGUCGAGAUGGAAGGAUCCCAGAAGAUUCGGUCAUCAAGAGUUUCUUGGGCUGGGACAUGAACCUGAGGGCCUCUGACAAGUACCUCCUGGCCAUGGUCAUCACCUACUUCAGUCUGGCUGGCUUCUUCUCCUGGCAGUACCAGAGGAUCCACUUCUUCCUGGCGCUAUACCUGGCCAUUGACAUGGAGGAGGAUGACCAGAUUCCUAAACUAGCCAUCUUAUUGUUUCUCUACAACUGGAAUUUGAAACUGGUUCCCCAGUUCCACAAGCUGCGCCAUCAAUUCAUCUGCUGCAUGGACUGGAACCUCAGGGUGACCCGAGAGGAGUGUGAGGAGAUCCAAGCCUAUGACCCUGCACUCUGGGUGUGGAGCCGAGAUCGCGCCCUCAUCCCUGGACCCUGGUACCCUGAGAACAGUGCCCUCUUGAAGGUGGGUGGGCGUCCUGGUGUUCAGACAGCACCGCUGGUGUCUAUGUAG